AUGCCGCAGCUAAGAGCAAUCAGAACCAUCUUUGCUGCAGCAGAACAAUCAGAGGGCGCUGGUGCCCGAGUUCGCCGUUCAAUCGGCAGCAGAAGCAUGCGCAACUUCUCGCCCUUUCUGAUGCUCGACCACAUGGGCGAAAAUAACGGCGCAGGCUUCCCGGACCAUCCGCACCGAGGCCAAGAAACGGUGACGUAUAUUCUGAAGGGAUCCGCCGAGCACGAGGACUUUCUCGGAAACAAGGGCGUGCUGCAUGCUGGCGAUUUGCAGUUCAUGACGGCAGGACGAGGCAUCAUGCAUUCCGAGCAGCCCUUGGCAGAUGCCGAUGGAAGCCCCGGGGCCGGGUUCCAGUUAUGGGUCGAUCUCCCAAAGCAUCUGAAAAUGUGUGAGCCGAGAUACCGAGAUCUGAGAGCACACGAAAUCCCCAUUGUACGCCUCGACAAUGAUAGAGUACUAGUCAAGGUUAUCUCGGGCAGAUCUGGUGGUGUCGAAAGCGUCAAAGACUUGGCAUACACCCCCGUGUGGUAUCUGGAUGUUGAGAUCCAGCCGGGCGGCAAACUCGUCCAGCCUGUACCCAAAGACUGGAACGCCUUCUCCUACGUUUUUGAAGGCCACGUCGACUUUGUGACCCCAAACGACAUCUCGACAAGGGCUGAGACGUACGACGCAGUCAUAUUCAAGCCCGGAGGGGACGCCGUAAGCGUCCAAGUUCCGGAAGACGCACAGGGUAGUGCGCGCUUGCUUCUCGUGGCGGGUCAAAUAUUGGACCAGCCGAUUGUUCAACAUGGACCGUUUGUAGUGACUAGCGCGGAGGAAGUACAGCAAGCAUUUGAGGAUUUUUACCGUAGUAAAAAUGGAUUCGAAAGGGCCAAGGGAUGGCAAAGUGAGAAUAUGAGGCGGAGAAUGAGUAUUUAA